CCGUCGAACCGAGAAUACCAUCGCCAACGGGAGUUGCUGGUGUAUAAACCAAGCGCACCGUUGAGGUCACAUGUAAAUUUUAAUUCGGCGCGUUUUGAUGGCUGACUAUUCACCUGAAUCCCUGCUCAGCUAAAGUCUUUGAGAGAUGCCACCAGAGAGAAAGGCCAGAGUGGGUAAAAGAAGAAGAGCAAGUUCAGACAAAGGUGACGAAGAUGAAACGGCAUCUUCUGCAAAAGAAAGAGUUGGUAGAAAGAGGAAAGCUGCAGCUUCUGCUGAGACUGGAGCAAAUAAGGAGAGCUCAGAGUCGCCUGGUUCUCCACAGCACUGUCGCUGGCUGAUGAAGUCUGAGCCCGAGAGCCGCUUUGACAACGGGGUCGAUAUGAAGUUUGGGAUCGAGGAUCUGAAGGCUUUGCCUAAUCAGACCGACUGCUGGGAUGGGGUCCGCAAUUAUCAGGCGCGCAAUUUUAUGAGGCAGAUGAAAGAAGGGGAGUUGGCUUUCUUUUACCACAGCAACUGCAAGGAACCGGGGAUAGCAGGAAUCAUGAAAAUUGUGAAGGAAGCUUAUGUGGACCACACUCAGUUUGACAAGAAAGAUGUCCAUUAUGAUGCAACCAGCAAACCAGACAACCCAAAGUGGAGCAUGGUAGAUGUCCAGUAUCAAAGAAUGUUGAAGCGUUUUGUUCCUCUGGCUGAGCUUAAAAAGUAUCACCUGCAGCAUCGGGCCAAGGGAGGGCCUCUGAAGGACAUGGCACUUUUUACAAGGGCCAGGCUCUCUGUGCAAGCCCUCACCACUGAGGAGUUUGACUUUGUUUUGAGUUUGGAGGACGAAGAACCACUGUGAGCAUGUGAAGUCAUGAAACUGCCACCAAUAGUAUACCAUCAGCUCAGUGUUUAUGCGAAGUGUAAUCAAUAUAACAUACUGUAGUGUUUUUUUCUUGUUCAUAAAUAUUAUUAAAUGUGGUUUUGUCAAA